AUGGCACCGUGCUGCACAGCUCCCAGCCCUGCCCUUGCUUCCAUCCUGCUGGCUCUGCUCUUGGGGGGGACAGCCAGGGCUGCACAGAUUGUGGGUGGGCGGGAGGCCCGGCCCCAUUCGAGACCCUAUGUGGCAUCGCUGCAGCUGAGCAGGACCCCAGGUAGCCACUUCUGCGGCGGGACCCUGAUCCAUCCGAGCUUUGUGCUGACAGCUGCCCACUGCCUGCAGGACAUCCCCUCACACCUGGUGACUGUAGUGCUGGGGGCCCACGACCUACACAACCUGGAGCCGGUACAGCAGAGGUUCACCAUCAGCCAAGUUUUCCAGAACAACUAUGACCCUGAGGACAACCUCAAUGAUGUGAUGAUCGUCCAGCUGGACCGACCGGCUUCCCUCGGCGCCCAAGUGGCCGUGGCUCCACUGCCCCGACAGGACCAGCCGUUGUCCCAAGGUACCCAGUGCCUGGCCAUGGGCUGGGGACGCCUGGGCACCCGCGCGCCGGUGUCCCGCGUGCUUCAGGAGCUGAACGUGACGGUGGUCAGCUUCCUGUGCCGCCCGCACAAUGUGUGCACGCUGGUCAGCCGCCGCAGCGCGGGCAUCUGCUUCGGAGACUCUGGGGGCCCCUUGAUGUGUGACGGGGUCCUGCAGGGCGUGGACUCCUUCGUGAUCCGGGAAUGUGCCAGCGGCCAAUUCCCCGACUUCUUUGCGCGAGUGUCACUGUACGUAGAUUGGAUUCACACGGUGCUGCGCAGCGCAGGGAGCGUGGGCUGACCCACUCUAUGUGACCUCAAUAAAAGCUGGGACUCCCUCUGGCUCCUGUCCAUU